AUGGAUUCCCUCUCACUGUGUUUCCUGGUCACAGAUGUAAAUGAGUGUGAGACACUACAGGGUGUGUGUGGCUCUGCACUGUGUGAAAAUGUUGAAGGCUCCUUCCUGUGUGUCUGCCCCACCAGCCCUGAGGAGUUCGAUCCCAUGACUGGACGCUGUGUUCCCCCACGGACUCCUGCAGGCACGUUCCCAGGCUCGCAGCCCCAAGCACCUGCCAGCCCUGGUCUUCCAGCCAGGCCUCCAGCCCCUCCCCCACCUCGAAGACCCAGCCCUCCCAGGCAGGGACCCGUGAGCAGCGGGCGUCGUGAGUGUUACUUUGACACAGCAGCUCCAGAUGCGUGUGACAAUAUCUUGGCCCGAAACGUGACGUGGCAGGAGUGCUGUUGUACUGUGGGAGAAGGCUGGGGCAGCGGCUGUCGCAUCCAGCAGUGCCCGGGCACUGAGACAGCUGAAUACCAAUCAUUGUGUCCUCACGGCCGGGGCUACCUGGUGCCCAGUGGAGACCUGAGUGCCCGGAGAGGUAAGGCCAGACUUCAACCCCACUCACCCUCAGCCCCUAGGCCUCAUUCUGCCUGUUUCUUCCUGCUUGCUUGCUUGCUGCUUUAUUUUUUGAAGAGUGUAUCUCACCAGACCAGCCUCGAACUUGUGAGCCACUCAAUUUCUUGCUCUUAUC